UCUUCAAGGUGGAGUUCAGAAGUCCUGGCUGCUCCUGUCGUGGAUGCCGCCUUCCCCAAAGAGGCGCAGACGGCCACGAUUUCUCUGUGGACGGUGGUUGGCGCUGUCCAGGCGGUGGAGCGGACGGUGGAGGCUCAGGCCCUUCGGCUCCUCAGCCUGGAGCAGAGGUCCGAGGCAGCCGAGAAGAGAUUUGGGGACUGCGAGAAGGCCGUGGCCGAACUGGGCAGCCAGCUGGACAGCCGGUGGUCAGCGCUGGAGACUCUCCUGCAGGAGUAUGGGCAGCUGCAGAAGAGGCUGGAGACCAUGGAGGACCUGCUGAAGAACGGGAACUUCUGGUUUCUGAAGGUCCCCGUGAGCGCGGCUGCAGGAGCUUCUAAG